AUGUCUGCUGCCAACAAGAUCUUGUCUGAAAACCCAAACGAAUUGGAGUUGCAAGUUGCCCAGGCUUUCAUCGACUUGGAAGCCCAAACCGACUUGAAGGCCGACUUGAGACCUUUGCAAUUCAAGUCCAUCAAGGAAUUCGAUGUUGCCGGCGGUAAGAAGGCUUUGGCCAUCUUCGUCCCAGUUCCAUCUGUUGCUGGUUACAGAAAGGUCCAGACCAGAUUGACCAGAGAGUUGGAGAAGAAGUUCCCAGACAGACACGUUGUUUUCUUGGCUGAGAGAAGAAUCUUGCCAAAGCCAGCCAGAAAGUCCAAGAAGCUCCAAAAGAGACCAAGAUCCAGAACCUUGACUGCUGUCCACGACAAGAUCUUGGAAGACUUGGUUUUCCCUACCGAGAUUGUUGGCAAGAGAGUCAGAUACUUGGUUGGUGGCUCCAAGAUCCAAAAGGUUUUGUUGGACUCCAAGGACUCUUCUGCUGUCGACUACAAGCUCGAGUCCUUCUCUCAAUUGUACAACAAGUUGACCGGUAAGCAGGUUGUCUUUGAAAUCCCAGGUGACGUUUACUAA